GCAGUGUCAGAAGUGAAUAACACGUUUGAAGUUUCCUCCUGAUAUUUCGUAUAGAAAAUACACAUACUUAUAUAUUCGAUAUAAGAAUACGUAAUCUGUGUAUAGUGUUCAAUAAGAAGGCCAUGGUCUCAUGAAGAUAGAUCAGGCAUGCAAGGAGAUCACGCGAAACAACAAUGGAGAAUUCUACGAUUUUAUCGUGCCAUCAUCCACCCUUACGUUGUUAUACUUUUUCUCAUUUUAUCGACGUUACCAUCGACGAGGGCGAAUUUAAAUACAGAGGAUAUAGAAAGAGGUGUCGUCGAUCUCAUGGAAAGUACUGGGAUGUAUCAAGAAUCUCUUGGAUUGAUAAUUACAGAAAAUCGUUGUAAAAAAAACGAUACGAUAGCAUUCGAUAUCGGUGAAUCCACUUUAUUAACCAUAAAUACAAAUGCGAUCUUUCCAACUGGAUUGAUUAAUAAUUUUUCGAUCAUCGUCGUUGCAAGAACUAAAAUCAAUUUUCCCAUGGCCACAUUAUUUUCCAUUUACGACGAUGGCGGCCAAGAACAAUUGAUUUUAUCAUUGGGCAAAGAUAUAACAUUCUUUUACGAUACUUCCGACGAUAUUAAUGACGUCGAGAAAGAACCGAUUUCUUUCGGUGAAGAUAUUUCCGAUGGGAAAUGGCAUCGUUUAAGUAUAAGCGUUAAAGGAAAUACAAUUACUCUUCUCUUAGAUUGCAAGAAAGAAAUAACUAAGGAAUUAAAAAGGAAUCUUUCUGAAAGUAUAAACGUCGAUGGAAUUAUCAUUAUAGGUCAACAACUUAUGGAAGAAAAUAUAUUUUUGGGAGGACUUGAACUUUUGAAGAUAGCACCAACGCCGGAUGCAGCGUAUGAACUUUGUACAAUAUUUGCACCUGAUUGCGAACAAGAAGAGAUAUAUAAAUUCGAUAAUAAUAACUCGAUCAUCGAUGAACCUAUAUUACCUAAGCCGUUCAACAUAUCCUUUGACAAGCGUUCUGGUUAUGAAGAUUUCGAGGGAAUUAAAGAAAAUGAGAAAGAGAAUCUCAAUGAAGAAAAUAUGGAAGCAUAUCCCUUGCGAUAUGUUCCUACAAAUUUUACAUUUAUAUUAAGACCAACAAUGAGAACAAUAAUCAACGAACCUAUUACUAUAUAUAACAGAAAUGAGCAAUCUACAACACAGAGUUACGAGAGCGAAACUAUUACAGAAGAAAAUCCUUAUACUACAAUUGAACCUUUUAACUUACCAUCAUAUUCAAAUUCAAAUGAGGAUUAUUAUUAUAAUAAUAAAUAUUAUAACCUUCGUGGAUCACCUGGGCCCCGAGGCUUUCCGGGCCCACCGGGAAUGGUUGGACCACAAGGAAAGAAAGGUGAACCAGGAAAAGAAGGAUUAGCAGGAUUAAAUGGUGCUCCUGGUCCACCUGGCCAUGUAUUUAUGAUACCUUCGUUAAAUCAACAAGGAAAUGAAAAAGGUCCCGAUUCUCAAGCAGAAACUUUGAGACAAAUAUUGUCGCAAUAUAUGUUAGCAAUGAGAGGUAGCGAAGGACCAAUGGGUUUGACUGGUACUCCUGGUCCGGAUGGACCUCCUGGACCUCAAGGACAAAAAGGAGAACCGGGUGAUAUAGGUGAACCUGGACCUAGAGGAGACAGAGGAAUUCCUGGGAAUACUGGCAGAGAAGGUAGAAGGGGACGACCUGGAAGAGAUGGAGAACGUGGUCCUACGGGACCACCCGGUAUAAAGGGAGAACAAGGUCCUCCUGGACUACCAGGUUUACCAGGAGAUAAAGGUGAAAGGGGAUCUCCAGGAGCUAUUGGAGAACCAGGAUUACCAGGUCAUGAAGGUAUGCAGGGUGAUGAUGGACCUCCUGGUCUACCAGGAUUGCCUGGUGAAUUGGGACCGAGAGGUUUUAUUGGACCACGUGGUUUCCCAGGAAUGCCAGGAAAUCCUGGUAUACCUGGAAGCGAAGGUUCUCCUGGUGCAAAAGGCAAUACUGGGCCAUCAGGCCCACCUGGAUUACCUGGUCCAUCUGGACCGUCGGGACCAGUUGGUCCACCUGGUCCUCAAGGACCUUUAGGACCAACCGGAUUAGUCGGACCACAAGGAAAAACUGGCAUACCAGGUCUUCCUGGAGCAGAUGGUCAUCCUGGACAUCCAGGUAAUCCUGGAAUUCCUGGAUUGAAAGGUGAACAAGGCAUAUUAGGUCCACAAGGAUCCAUAGGAUUUCCCGGUGUACGUGGUCCAAAAGGAGAUGAUGGGAAACGGGGAUUACCUGGUGAUCGAGGUGAAAAAGGCGACAAGGGAAUUGAAGGAGAAAAAGGUGAUGCAGGUUUGAAAGGAGAACGAGGACCAUUAGGGCCACAGGGUAUUCCUGGCAUCGAAGGUAUAGAAGGACCAAGAGGAUUCGAAGGAAGUCGUGGGGAACAGGGUCCGAUUGGAUCACCUGGAGAAAAAGGGAAAAUCGGUAUAUCUGGUUUAACAGGAUAUCCGGGAAAUCCGGGUGAGAAGGGUGAUAAAGGUCAAAUUGGAAGAGAAGGAUCAAAUGGGGAGAAGGGGGAAAGGGGAAAUAAUGGUUUGCCAGGUGAUCGUGGAGAGAUAGGUCCCAGAGGUUUUAGAGGUGUUCGUGGUAGAAGAGGUUCCGAAGGAUUACCAGGUCCGAAGGGUGAUACUGGUCAACCAGGACCUCCGGGACCGGCAGGAGAAUCUGGACCACCAGGAAUAGAGGGUCCACGUGGAUUUAUAGGAUCACCAGGACAACUUGGACUUGAUGGAAAAGAUGGUAUUCCUGGUCUUCCAGGGGAACGUGGACCAAUUGGUGAAUCUGGCCCUCCUGGUCCUAUUGGAUCUCCUGGUGUGAUCGGUCCACAAGGUUCACCAGGAGAAUCUGGUCAGCCAGGUGAACCUGGCAUUCCAGGUAGUCCGGGUAUACCAGGAGAUAUAGGUACACCAGGCGAACAAGGUAAAGAAGGUCCCCCUGGUCCUCAAGGACUAUCUGGAAAAGAUGGGCCGCCUGGUCCUGUAGGAUUACCUGGAUUUCCGGGUGAAAGAGGAUUGGUCGGUUUACCGGGCAUACCUGGAUUGAAAGGAGAAAUGGGACCUAUUGGUUUGCCAGGACCAUCCGGAGACAAAGGAGCUCAAGGAGAACCUGGAAAGGAUGGAGCUAUAGGUCCUGAGGGCAGACAAGGUCCGAAAGGACCGUUUGGUUCUCCUGGUAUAAAAGGCGACAGGGGUGAAACUGGUUUACCAGGGCCGACCGGUAGAGAUGGUUUACCAGGACAACGAGGAUUAUCAGGCCCCCCUGGUCCAGUUGGUGUUCCAGGAGAAGAUGGUGACAAAGGAGAUAUUGGACCACCCGGUGAAAAAGGCUUUAAAGGUUCUCAAGGUUCAACUGGUUUAGCAGGAGCACCAGGACUUCAAGGGCCACGAGGAGAACCAGGUCUUGUGGGAGCAACAGGUGAAAAGGGACCACCUGGUGAAAUUGGUAGACAAGGAAUAAAAGGUGAAGAUGGUCCAAUCGGUGUACCUGGUCCUGCUGGACCUGUAGGACCACAAGGUCUUCCCGGUCCAUCAGGAUCAAAAGGAGAGAUUGGAGAUAUGGGUUCAAUCGGACCUGCUGGUCCAGCUGGUAGUCCAGGAGAGCAAGGUCAAAAGGGACCCAGAGGUGCGGACGGUCCGCCAGGUUUACAAGGUCUUGAAGGUCGUCAAGGAGAGAAAGGAGAUAGCGGUUUGCCGGGUCUUCCAGGAGUAGAAGGUGCCGAUGGAAAUCCGGGAGAACGAGGUCCUCCUGGACAAAAAGGAGAAGAAGGGAAACCGGGACCGUCCGGUCCUCCUGGAAAUCGUGGUCCCGUUGGACCAGAAGGACCAAAAGGAAAUGUGGGCUCUCCGGGUUUUCCUGGACCCCCAGGAGAACCAGGUUUAAUUGGCCCUAAAGGGGAACCAGGUAAAGAUGGCGAAGAUGGGGAAUCUGGAAAACCUGGACCUCCAGGCGACAUUGGAUCACCUGGGAAAGAAGGUUUGACCGGUACACAAGGAAGACCGGGUCCAGAGGGCCCAGCGGGAAUACAAGGCAAUACAGGUUUACCAGGAGAUAAGGGCGAAGUUGGACCACCGGGUCUACCAGGUCCACAAGGACGACCAGGAGGAGAAGGUCAGCCUGGUUCUCCGGGAUUAUCAGGUGUAAGAGGAUUAUCAGGUUCAGCAGGAGAAAGUGGACCACCAGGAAUUCCAGGAGCUGUUGGUUUACCCGGAAUAGCUGGACCUGAUGGACCAAAAGGUCCAAAAGGUGAUAGAGGUCGAAGAGGUUUGAAAGGACAUCGAGGUGAUAUUGGCCCAAUUGGAAUGAAGGGUGAUCAGGGUGAAAAAGGCGAAAUAGGAAUACGAGGUCUUAUAGGACCAGAAGGUCCUAAAGGAAAUACAGGGCCACUAGGUCUAACUGGUUUGAAAGGUAACGAUGGACCACCAGGUUUGCCUGGUUUAGAAGGGCCACCAGGACCCAAAGGUUACACUGGGAACGAUGGAUCGAAAGGUGAUAUAGGUCCACCAGGUCCUCCAGGUCUACCUGGACCUCCAGCGGAACAACCAAUGAUUCCACCAGAAUUAUUAUUUACUCAAUCGCACUUUUAUAAAAGGAAACGAGAGAUUUUAGAUGACACACAAGAAGAUAACGAAAAGGAGAAUGAUCUGAAUAAAGAGGAAAUAAAUAACGACGAGGAUAACGAGUUGGGACCUAAAUUUUUAGAUGUAUAUACUUCUAUCUAUAGCAUAAGACAAGAGCUCGAUAGAAUACGUAAACCAACUGGAACCAGAGAAAAUCCUGUUAGAACAUGUAAAGAUUUAUUUUAUGGUCAUCCACAUUUCAGCGAUGGUUGGUACUGGAUCGAUCCAAAUUUAGGUAUGCCCGACGAUGCUGUUUAUGUUUAUUGCAAUAUGACAAAUAUGGGAGAGACUUGCGUUUUUCCUGACAUUCACAGUAGUCAAAUGCCAAAUAUACCUUGGAGAAAGGAAGACGAGAAAGGCAACUGGUAUUCCAAAUUGCGUGGUGGAUUUCGCAUAACUUAUGAAACUAUCGGUGUAAUACAAUUAAAUUUCUUACGCUUGCUCAGUGAAGAGGGUUAUCAAAAUUUCACAUAUACUUGUAUGAAUAGCGUAGGAUGGUACAAUGCACCUAACAAUAGUUAUGAUUUGUCGAUACGUUUGCUCGGAGAAAACGAAGAUGAAUUUUCUUAUGAUAAUGCAAAACCUAUUAUCAUAGCGGAUGGUUGUAAAUCGCGAAAGAGUAAAAGUGAAACAGUGUUUCUCGUUCAAACGGAUAAACUUCAAAAAUUGCCACUUAUCGAUUUUCAUCCUUUGGACUAUGGCUUACCUCAUCAGGCUUUUGGUUUUAACGUUGGUCCAUUAUGUUUUAAAUAGUCCUAUUUGAAAGUAAUUGAGUUGGAAUUGAUUAAAUAUUAACAAAAUCAUAAUAGGAGAUUUUAUAUAUAACGUUAUGCAAGGCAUAUUUCGUUAUAUAAUUAUUUAUAACUAGUAUAUACCGAUCAUUAAAGUAUGACGGAUAGUCAAGAUUAAAAGA